GGCGGGGCCGGAGCCGGAGCGGGGCCGGGGUCCAGCGCCGCGGUGCGGGGGGAGCUGCGGGCGGGUGCUGCCGCUCGGCGCAGGCAUGGCGGGCCGCACGGUGCGGGUCGGGGGCCUCCCUGCAGACCUGCCUCCCGACAGGGUGGCCGACAAGCUGACCAUCCACUUCCAGCGCUCCCGCAACGGCGGCGGCGAGAUCGCCGACGUGCAGGUGCUGCGGGACGGGCCCCAGGCCUGCGCCCUCGUCACCUUCGAGGUGCCGGAAGUGGCCCAGAGGAUCCUGAAGGUAAAGAAUCACGUCUUGUCCGUCGGAGGGGAGAAAUACCCGCUGGAAGUGACGGCACACGCCGCGGAGCUGAGCCCCGAUGAGAUCUUCAUAAAUGCGUGUGUGAUAGUUGACUAUGGCAAGCUUCCUACUGGCAAAGCCCUCCUGAGGAACCUGCAUAAAGGCUACAACAAUGUGCAGCUCAACUUCGGCUCCAAGAACACACACUGUGUAGUCAAGGGGCCGUUCACUGAGCUGCAGGCCUUUUGCAGAGACCUGCUGGGCAGCCUGAACCUCAAGAGCCAAGCUGCUGGGGAGAUCCUCCUGCCAGGUUCUAGCCAUGUGGCCAAAGAGACCAGAAUGCAUGAUCCCCAGCAAAAGCCUGACUCUGCUGAGUCAGCACGAGACACAGCAAAGCUCCCAAAUUGGGACCAGGCAUGUGAAGAGGCAGGUACAGCCUCAUCGCCUUGGGGACCUAUGGGUGGGAAAGCUGUGGAACAGUUGGAGGACUUUUCCCUAGCAAUGGACUCAGACAUUUACUUGUACAUGCAGAGGUUCUGUGCUGCUGAGUACCAAGGUGUGCUACAGCAGCAUCGUGUGGAUGUGGUGGAUGUCAGCAGCGAUGGCAUCGCCAUGCUGUACCUCCAACCUGCUGCAGGGAUGCCUGGGGACAUGGAUGCCUUGCGAGAGGCCUGCUUGGCCUUGCAGGAGCUUUACCAGCAGCUGGAGGUGAGCUUGUGCAAGGAGAAGAUCACCAAGGGAGGACUGGGUAUGGACAGCCAGGCUCUCAGGGCUCUGACAUGUGAGCUGCAGAAGCUGUAUCCCCAGUUGCUCUGCCAUGAGGAUGUGAAGCAGCUUUAUCUUAUUGGAAACCUCGUUGAUGUGUCCCAUGCCAAGCAGUAUCUUCAGGAUUUCAGCACCAGAGGAGGUGCUGCACAAGUGGUUCCCAUGGUCAGCAGCUCCCUGCCCUCACAGCCAGCAACCUCCCACACCACAGAGAAUACACUGCACAAGCCCAAGGAGCCUGCAGGCACCUCAGCCUCAAGGCUCAGCCCAGGCAGGCCAGAGCUGAGAGGUGAGCUCAAGCUAGCUGCCAACUUCGGCACUCUGAAAGCUGACAAGUCUCAGGACUCCCCACCGGUGGGGCAAGCACCACCUUCUGGAAAACACCCACCACAAAUAGAUGCUCUAGGUCCAAGUGACCCAACAGCACUGACCCAGCAGUACCAGCCUGGUGUCUCUACAGCAGGUGUGGAUUUGGGGUCAGCAGCAGUGUCUCAGCAGAAGGACCCUAAAGAAUGGGACCAGCUGAAAGGAGGUGCCAGGCUUACAAGACACAAGGCUCUGUCUGCCUUUGGGGGCAAAGAAAACAGCACUUCACAGCACCCUGGGGACUCUAAAGGCCCAGGUCCCAUCAAGCACCACUCCCUUGCUGGCACAUCUAGUGCCUUUGACACAACAAGGACCUCUAAACCUUCUGAAUCCAAGCCUCUUCUGCGACGUUCCAGCAGCUUCUGCCUGCCAAGAACAAAGGAAAAUGAGAAGCUGCAGGACACGGUCCGGGCAGGCAGUGAGGGUGGAAGGGCGAGAGAAGAAAUGAGCCUGGACUCUCUGCAGUGGUCUUACCUGAAAGACGUUCACCGCGCUGCUGUUGAUGAGCUGUGCAGGGAUGGGGGGGUGCAGCUCUCGGAGCAUCAUGCUGGGGACUGCACCGUGCUGAUGCUACAGGCAGAGGACAGGGACAAGCUUUUCCAGGCAAAAUGGAAAGUGGAAUCUCUCGUGCAGAAGUGUCCUGACCUUGUGUGUCAGAGAGUGAGCUACUCGGAGCUUGCUGUAGAUGGUCCAGAUGACAGUGCCCUGAGCGAGCUGUGCAACCUCUUGCGAGGAAACUCCUUCAAGGUUGGCCUCAGCAAAGAGAAGUACAACCUAUACCUUGCCUGCCCCAAGGAGAUGCUGCCCGGAGUGACUGAGGCCUUCGAAGUGUUUUCUUUCAGGAGGCUCCGUGCCCUGAAGUCUUCAUCCUUGUCUCCAGGACCAGAGAGCACAGGGUACUCUAGUGUUGUCCAGCCAAGCAGGAGCCAGGACAAGGUGCUGGGUGCAGCCCUUUCUGGCAGCCUGGAGUCCCUACAGAUGGACCUGCAGGACCUGAGCAUUAACGAUAAAGCAGAGUUCACGGAUGCGCUCCGGGCUUUCCAGCUGCCAGAGGCUAAGAGGUCCCCCAACCUUUGGGGGCUCCAGCACACACUGGGGCAGGAGAAGGCCAAUGACCAUGUUGAUUCUGGGGCUGAGCAAGGAGGAAGCGACCUUCUGAGCCCUGGUGUGGUGGAUAAGUCAAGUCCCACUGGUCUGAGGGAGUCCCAGGAGCAGCUAAGGACCAAACUGGCUGUGGGGGAGCCGGACACUGCACGGCUGAGGCAGGUUUUGCCGGACAGGUUCCAGUUUGCAAGAGACAACAGCAGAGGAGGCCACGGCGAGGUGAUGGGACGGCUGUGCUCCCCGGUGCGUGCAGCGGAUGGGGCUCCUCACUCCCUGCCCGCCCGGCUGUGCAGGCCCACGGAGGCUGCAGCCCUGGCCCCAGCCAGGGCUCUGCUCCCCGCAGGCAGUAGCAGUGCGCAGGAGAGGCAGACAAGAGGCCCCAGCCUGGGACAGGAAAGCAGCAUGACCCCCCUGGGCCGGUGCGAUGCCUGCCACGGCUCAGGCAUGACCUGCCAGGCGCCCUGCGGUCACUCGCUGUGCAGGACGUGCUUCGCAGGGGACAGUGCGCAGCCGCCCUGCUGCAGCUCCUCCGCGCUAUCCCCGGGCUGCAGGAUCUCGGGGACGUUCCAGAUCUCCUCCCUGUCUCAGAGUCUGCCGGGCUACUACCGAGACCCAACGCUCCAGGUUGCCUACAUCAUCCCUGACGGUGUGCAAGGGGUUGGUGACCCCCACCCAGGACAGCCUUACAAAGGGGGGCAUUUCUGUGCCUUCCUGCCAGACAACAGGGAAGGGCAGAAGACAGCAGUGCUUCUGAAGAAAGCAUUUGAUUGUGGGCUGACAUUUCACAUCAAGUCCUGCAAUGGAGAGGAAAGAGUGACAUGGGGCCUUAUCCCACACAAAACCUCCUGGAAUGGGGGCAAAGCCAGGAACGGUUAUCCGGAUGCCCUGUAUCUCCGUGAGGUUUGCGCUGUACUGAAGAAACUGGGCAUUGCAUGAGCCUCCCCGUGCAGCAGCCACAGCUCCUGCCUUGCUUCACCUUCCUCUCCAGCUGACGCACGUGCGGCUUAACACAGGCAGCUCAAGAGAAAGCGAAUGUUUGUCCAAGGAGCUCCUGUGGGCCCAGAGGCAGCCAGAAAUUAGGUUAGUGACUGCAGCACCUCCAUCCCUGCCCUCUGCAAGGCUCAGCAUGGAUCGGAGCUCCCCUGCAAGUCCCGGAUGCGUGUCUUCAGCAGCCACUUAUGCAGCUUGUGUCAGGCUGGGCCCUGGUGUGGCAUUCAGCAGCACAACCCAAACCUGGGCAGGAGUCUGUGCCUCGUCCAGCCCCAGCAUCUGGCCACUAGAGGCAAGUUCCAGCUAAGCCCCCACCAGAGCCUGGGCCAGAGCUGAGCUGAGCUGCCCUGGCGGAUGGUUCAGUCCUCCAGCCCCUGCUCCGGGGCCAGCAGGAACCUGGCUGCUCUGCUGGGGGAGCACCGACAGCGCACGGGUGAGCUGCCUCCAGGAGAGCAUAGAGACUGUCUCUGCCUGUACCUGGAGAUACACAAUAAAUAACAUUUAUCCC